AUGGCUGAGGCCGGAGGCGCGGCGCCUGCCCUCGACCGGCCGUGCCGGGCGAUGUUCGCACUGCUCAUCGCCUUGUUCGCGAACGCGGUUGCGAUGGCGUCGCCCUUCCCGUUCGCGCCCUUCCUCGUCCUGCACUACGGCCUCACCGACGACCGCGCCGAGAUUGGCUACUACGGCGGCUUCAUCCUCUCCGCCUUCAUGCUUGGUCGUGCCAUGUCGUCGUACCACCUCGGCCUGCUGUCGGACAAGCACGGCCGCGUCCUCGUCAUCGAGAUCGGCCUCCUCUCCUGCAUCAUCUUCCAGCUCCUCUUCGGCCUCGCGCCGACCUUUGGCGCGGCGCUCGCGGCGAGGCUGCUCAUGGGCCUCUUCAACGGCAUCAUCGGUGUCGCAAAGGCCGCACGCUCAGUGAGACACGCCACAAUCUCAUCAUCGCUGCGAGAAGGCGUCGCAUGUGUCGCAAAGGCGAUGCUGCCCGAGCUGGUGACUGCGGCGCAGCAGCCGCGCGCCAUGUCCGCCAUCUCUGGCAUGUGGGGCCUCGGCAAUGUCGCAGGCAGCGUCGACGCGCCGGCGCUGCUGCCAACCUCGCUCGGCGCCGGCCUCGCACUGGCUGCCAGAUAG